AGGAGGCGGCGGCGACGCGGCGGCGACAUGGCCAUCGUCUCAGAGGAUGACUUUCAUCAAAGCUCCAACUCCACCUACAGAACUGCAAGCGGCUCUCUCCGAGCUGACCAAGAAGCACUGCUUGAGAAGCUGCUGGACCGCCCGCCUCCCGGCCUGCAGAGGCCCAAGGACCGCUUCAGUGGUACCUACAUCAUCUUCUUCAGCUUGGGCAUCGGUGGCCUGCUGCCAUGGAACUUCCUUGUCACGGCCCAAGAGUACUGGAUAUUCAAACUCAGCAACUGCUCCAGCCCAGCCACAGGGAAGGAGCCUAAGGGCUCGGACAUCCUGAACUACUUUGAGAGCUACCUGGCCGUUGCCUCCACUGUACCCUCCGUGCUGUGCCUCCUGGUGAAUUUCCUGCUUGUCAACAGGGUUCCGAUUCACGUCCGCGUGCUGGCCUCACUGACUGUCAUGCUGGCCAUCUUCGUGGUGAUGACCGUGCUGGUGAAGGUGGACACCUCCUCCUGGACUCACAGCUUCUUCGCCGUCACCAUUGUCUGCAUGGCGAUCCUCAGCGGCACCUCCACCAUCUUCAAUAGCAGCGUCUUCGGCAUGACUGGUUCCUUCCCCAUGAGGAAUUCCCAGGCGCUGAUGUCAGGAGGAGCCAUGGGGGGCAUCCUCAGUGCCGUGGCCUUGCUGGUAGACCUGGCGGGGGCCAGUGACGUGACGGACAGCACCCUGGCCUUCUUCCUGACGGCGGACGUCUUCCUGGCACUCUGCAUCGGGCUCUACCUGCUGCUGCCGCGGCUGGACUACGCCAGGUACUAUAUGAGGCCUGUCUGGCCGGCUGUGUUUUCUGGUGAAGAGCAGCUGCCCCAGGACUCCCCCAAUUCCCCUUUGGUGGCCCCUGGAUCCAGCGACUCCCAGACACCACCCCUCCGCCCCAUCUUGAAGAAGACUGCUGGCCUGGGCUUCUGCAUCAUCUACCUCCUCUUCAUCACCAGCCUCAUCUUCCCUGCCCUCUCCAGCAACGUCGAGUCCCUCAGCAAGGGCUCGGGCUCGCCGUGGAGCACCACGUUCUUUGUCCCCCUCACCACCUUCCUCCUGUACAACUUUGCCGACCUGUGUGGCCGGCAGAUCACAGCCUGGAUCCAGAUGCCAGGGCCCAGAAGCAAGGUGCUGCCUGGGCUUGUGCUCCUCCGCACCUGUCUCGUCCCCCUCUUUGUGUUCUGCAACUACCAGCCCCGCGUCCACCUGCACACGGUGAUCUUCCAGUCUGACGUGUACCCGGUGCUCUUCACCUCUCUGCUGGGGCUCAGCAAUGGCUACCUCAGCACCCUGGCUCUCAUCUAUGGGCCCAAGAUCGUGCCCAGGGAGCUGGCCGAGGCCACUGGGGUGGUGAUGUCCUUUUACGUGUACUUGGGCCUGGUGCUCGGCUCAGCGUGCUCUGCCCUGCUCGUGCACCUCAUCUAGGAGGGACGAUGGCUAGACCACGGUGCUGUGCGAUGCCUGGGAGCCUCAGCAAGAUGGGCAGGAAGCGCCAGGAGGGCCCAGGCGGCGAGCAGGAAGGGCUGGAGUUGGGUUCUACAGAGCACACCCGGGCCUCGUUGCUGCCAGGGAGCUGGGACCAGUGCUGUCCCCGGGACCAGGUAGACAUUCCCGAUACUUUGACAGAUGUCCUGAGAUGUUUUGAGGACCGAAUAAGACACAGUUACAAGUUGCACAGAAAGCUCCUUGCCGAUGGGUACAUCCUGCCUGUUGGUAUUCCCUCUUGGGGAAAGUGUUGCCAGUGUUUGGCUCUUGAGUUGUCACAGGGUGAGUGCCAAGACCGUCUACAGGCCCUUUGCCUUCUCCCAGCCUUGCUCCUUCCAGCUGAUGGCAAGAUGCGAGACUCCUUAGUCCUCCCUACCCGGAGGAGGUUCCCCUGGGAUGGCCAGUCCUCAGGCCUAAGACCCAAGCCUGUGCAGACCCCCACUUUCCACCAACCAGACUGGAACCCUGGGAAGACAGGCCUUCCAGGAGCCCUUCCUUCCCUGGACAUGGGCUCCAGAGGGCCUCCCUGCUAUACCCAGGACCAAGCACGUCAGGCCUGGAUUUCAAACAGGGAUGCUUAAAGUGGUCUGUGGCCUGGGUCAAGGCAGGGUUUAGUGUCCAUGUUUACAAUAUGUCAAGGCCAUUGGUUCAGGGGCCUAAUAAAUACCUGGGUAUUUAA